UCGAAGGAUCAAGAAUUAGUCGCGGGUAAUCUUGCUCUAAAGAUCUCUUGCGAAACAAAAAGACCUAUUCGUGUAAUUCGGUAUAGGUAUGACGGCCUUUACACAGUUGAAAAAUGGUGGGAAAGUAUAGGAAAAAGUGGUUAUAAGGUGUACAAGUACGUUUUCAAGAGGAUGGAAGGACAACCGCCACUCGGAACAUGUUUUAUGCCGUUAGACAAAGAUGAAGACGAAAAUGAGGAUGAGAACAAGAACGAAGAUAAUGAAAAUGGAAACGAAGACGAGGACAAAGAUGGAAACGAAGACGAGAACGAAGAUGGAAACGAAGACGAGAACGAAGAUAAGAACGAAGAUGAAGAUGGUAACACCAAGAAAAAGUUGAAAUUAUAA